AUGGAUUUCAGGAAGGAUUCUUGCGAGUUCGGGAGGAGGGUAGGAGUGGUGGCAGCGGAAAGAACUCUCGACGACGCGGGCGGGCCUGGUAUGCUGCUGCUGGACCUGGGCGUCCGGACUGCGGUCAAGUCUUGCUGGCUGCUUUUGCGCGACCUCAGCCCGGGGGUAGAUGCCGACUUGGGCGCGAUGGUGGGCUUCGAGGGUUGUCUCGAGGGCGAGGUAUCGCGGGAGUUGUAUGGUGAUGGCGUUAAGGAUGUGGUGGCCGAGGAUUCCCUGGAGUGCGGCUGGGGUUCGGCGGUGGUGGUAAUAGUGUUUGAGGGAGGAGCGACGGACGUCCCUGCGUGUUCUAACCGUGACUGGCUUGCGUCAGAGGACCCGUUCGUAGUGCUGGAUGUCUUUUCCAUGGUCGAGGAUUUUCAAGUGAGACAGCAAAGGGAAUGGAACCUCGUCUAG